AAAUAAUUGGAAUCAUUAUCAAUCAAAUCAAGGAAAACGAGAUACACAUUUACAAGAUUCGACGCUAUCGACAUUAUGAGCUAAACUAUGCCCUGGCUUCAUAAAUACAAUGCCCAAAACCCAAUCCUACCCGCUGUUUAUUGCCCAAAUCCCAAACACUGAUUCGUAGAUUUACUCAUUUUUUCAACACAAGCGUUCCCUCCACGCGACCACCACUAGCUGCCUUUAUAUAUACUCAGCUCAGCUAAACACCAAGUCAAAGUAACUCCAGUUGCAUUUUCAAGUUCCACCUAGAGUGAAAUGCAGACACUGCAGGAAAAGGCUUCUCAAUGGAGCGGUGUUGAUAUUGCCGAUGCCUUUGCCAUUGACGACACUAAUUUGUUCCAGAAAUUGGGACUCCAAACUUUCAUUAACCUCUCCACCAAUUUCUACACUAGGGUGUAUGAUGAUGAGGAAGAAGAGUGGUUUCGAUCAAUAUUUUCUAAUUCCAAGAAAGAAGAGGCCAUUCAGAAUCAGUAUGAAUUCUUUGUGCAACGAAUGGGAGGGCCCCCUCUUUAUUCUCAGAGGAAAGGUCAUCCUGCAUUAAUUGCACGUCAUAGACCAUUUCCAGUCACACAUCAAGCUGCAGAGAGAUGGUUAUAUCACAUGGAGAAGGCAUUAGAGAGCACCCCAGACAUUGAUGCUGAUUCAAGAGUCAAAAUGAUGAACUUUUUCAGGCACACUGCAUUUUUUCUUGUGGCUGGAGAUGAGUUGAAGACUCAAAAGCAACAAAUCCCAUGCAAACAUGCGGCCAGCAAACCAGCUGAAUCAUAAACUUCUUAACAGGAAUCCUUCCCCCAAUUACUUUGUUGGAAGAAACCACGCAUGUUGCCAUUCAUUCAACUCAUCAUUGUAGUAGCGUUGUAACUUACACAACCUUUUUAUAUUAAUAAAAUCCCAAACUGUUUUACUUUUAUUGAUGAAAAUAUUAUUCUAUAUCAUAUUGAUUAAAAUAUUAGGGCA